AUGACCCCAGUCCAAAAUACCAUCUCAGCUGCUGCUGCUGUGGCAGCUGCCAACAUUGCAACAUCAAUCCAAAGUGAUUCGGAUGAUGUUGGAUCUUCUUCUCAUGAAACACUUCAACUUCAUCAAAAGUUACAACAACAUCAACAACAUCAACAACAUCAACAACAUCAACAUCACCAUCAACAGUUGAAUCAUCAUGCUCCGUCUUCUCCUCCAACUCAUCAAGAUGAAGAUAAUAAUAUUACACAUACAAGACUUUCUUCUUCUCCUUCAUCAUCAUCAUCUUCUUCUUCUUCUUCUUCUAUGGACCAUGUGGUAACCCCUCCUACUUCUUCCUCAUCUACAGCUAAUUCAAAUACAUCUACCAAAACAUCAGAAACAACUCCACCAUCUUCAGCAAGCGGUCCUUCAACAGAUAAAAAACAAGGUCUUCCAUCUACAGUUAACUCAAAUAAUGCUACUACUGCUUCCACCACUACUACCGCUAAUACUGCUACCGCUAACACUGCUACCGCUACCACCAAUACUACCACUACUAUUAAUACUACUAUUAAUACUACUAUUAAUACUACUAUUAAUACUACUACUACUACUACUACUACUGCUGCUGCUCCUUUUGUCUCUGCUGCUCCUACCUCUACUUCUACUACAACCAGUACAAAAACUUCUCCCAGCAUUAUGGCCACUGCUCCAGAAUCAACUCGCCUGCUUUUUACAAAAGUCGCCAUUCCUCCUCGCAGAUGUACUUCUCAAGGCAAAUCCGCUCUUUCUUCAGGUCCUGCAAGCCCCAAGUGUCCUGUUCAUGGAACUGCCCGACCUCCAUGGUCUCAAGAACCUCCAUGUCCUCAUUGUGCAGCUCUAUUAUCUCAGCAACAGCAACAAAAUCAAUACCAACAGCAGCAGCAGCAGCAACAACAACUUGUAUCAAAUAAUCCUUCUUCUUCAUCUAAUCAUCAACAGCAACAACAACAACAACAACAACAACAACAAUCUCACCGCCGGUCUAUCUCAGCUGCUGUCCCAAAACAUACCAAAAAUGAAGAUCCUCUAAGAUUUGUCAAAGAUAUGCCAAUGUCUGUUGAAAUCGGAACUCACCUAGCCUUUGCCUCAACAAAUGUAUCCCAUUCAGGUGCCCGAGUACCUACACCUCCUCUUCCUUCUACUCAACAACAACAACAACAACAACAACAACAACAACAACAACAACAACAACUUGCCACUACAACUUCUUCUUCUUCUUCUUCAAAACCUACUUCAUCUCCAGACUCAACAAAUUCCCCAGAUACUACCCCUAUCCAGCGUCCCGUGGCUUCUCCUCCACUCUCACAGCCAGCGUCCCGUCAAUCGUCUCGACCAGGAUCUCCAGGAUCUGCAGCUUCAUCCUUGACAUCUGUUAAUACCCUUUCCACGGCUGUAAUCACCCCGGGUCCUACCUUAGCAACAACAACAUCAUCAUCAUCAUCAACAACAUCAACUGCUUCUGCUGCUAAAAAACUUCCAAGUUCUACCACUUCCUCUACAGCCCGCUCAAAUAAACUCGCAAAACGAGCAUCGGAACGCGUAUUGCCUGCACUCUGUGUUAAACCCCCACCUAAACUUAAUAUUUCAUUCUCAGGCCCACGGUAUAGAGAUCAAAAGUCCCGCAGCGUUGCCACCACCGCCGCCGGAACGCCACUUGGCGCAGCAUCAAAGUCAUCUGCAGUGUCUGGUGUUGCUUUACUAUCCACAUCAUCUCCGUCGCCACAAACUCCUCCGCAACACAACCCACCACCAUCGGCAUCCGCAACAUACCUACACUCUUUAGCCACAAAUUCUAAUGCUGCUGCUAGUGCUGCUGCUGCUGCUUCUGCUUCUACUGCUGCAGCCACCACCACCACCACCACUAAUGCCGCCCCCCACCAAACUUCUCAAAUAGGCUUAUCUUCCUUAUCGCUCCCAACGUCGCCUAUUGGCAGAGGUCCACAAAACACAAUCCCAGCCUCUUACACAACUCCACCAGUCAAACAACUCCGCACCCCGAAAAAACUUCUUUAUGUCCCAUCCGUCCUGCGCAGAACAAUGACGGUGGACCGGCUCAUGGAAAUUAAUAAACCUGACCAACCUCUUCAUGCAUACCAACAACAACUCCCUCCAUCUGCCUCCUCAUACCAUAAUCAACCCUUUCAACAUCAAUUACUACCCUCCCAUCGUAAAUCAACCUCCUCUGCAUCUUCUUCAUCCAUCGGUCCCUCGGCAAUCCCUUCCUCAUUCUCAUCCUCAUCCCUUGCUUCUUUAACCCCAUCAUCUCCAGGAUUUUCCUUCUCUCGUUCAACUUCUUCAGCAUCUCUUUUCCAGGAACCUUCUCGUGCCCAUUGGCGACCGGAUUCUGCCCGUGCUUCUUGUGCAGCUUGUGGAUCCCCCUUUUCCCUCUUCACUCGUCGUCAUCACUGCCGUAAAUGUGGUGACUUGUUUUGUGAUCGCUGUUCUACUCACACAGCGCGGAUGGGUCCCGAUGGUUCAUUCCAUUUGCUAGGAACUAAAACAAGAGCUUGCGAUGCUUGCUAUAAGGCAUAUCUAGACUUUGUGGAUCAUGCAGAUGUGGCCUGUGAAGGUAAUCUUUCUCCACAGCAACAACAACAACAACAACAGUUGUUGCAAAACUAUCAAACAAAUAAUGCCAAUCUUUCCCCAUAUGAUUUGCCCGAGUCUCCAUUCGAGGAUCAACAGCAACAGCAGCAACCUUCAAACACUGCCCGCUUCUCAAUUUCUCCAGAUUCACCCAUGUCUAGUUCGGGAGGAAGUAGCGUGGCAGCUUCUCCUCUUAAACCUUCAUAUCUUCCUCUUGCUUCACCCCCUAGACUCCCCAACCAACAACAAUCUCUAGCCCCUUCAUCUCAAGCCAUUCGUGGCCGUCAGAAAUCGCUACAUGCCUUUUCAAAUGAUGUUUCCGUGGUAGGCUCUAUUCCUGCCAACUGGAAUUGGUCCACUUUUUGA